GCCAAGCAGGGUCGCAGCCUAGUGAAGCGUUGGGUUUGCCUUUUUACCUGCCUCACCAUUCGAGCAGUACACGUUGAAAUUGUCUGUAACCUCUCCACAAGUUCCUGCAUAUUAGCAAUUCGUCGGUUCAUUGCGCGUCGUGGCUCACCAUCUUUUUUCUACUCCGAUAAUGGUACCAAUUUUCGGGGCGCCAGCAACAUCCUGCGAGAGACAAUUCAAAAUAUCAGUAAAGAAUGUGCAGUUACAUUUACAAAUACUAAUACCCAAUGGUAUUUCAAUCCGCCUCUAUCUCCUCAUAUGGGCGGUUCCUGGGAACGAAUGGUGCGGUCAAUAAAGGAGGCGAUGGAAGCGAUCGGAAAUCAUAAACAACAUCCUAGUGACGAAGUCCUGGAAACGGUCGCUCUUGAGGCAGAAUCGAUCGUCAACUCGCGCCCAUUAACGUAUGUCCCACUUGAUCAUGCCGAUGCCGAAGCCCUUACGCCAAACCACUUUCUUCUAUACGGGGAAAAGGGUAUAGUGCAGCCUCCUAGCACAAUUCACUCCGACGUGCGUAUGUUGCGUGACAGUUGGCGCCUGGCGCAAACGUUGACUGAUAUUUUCUGGAGCCGAUGGAUAAAGGAAUAUUUACCCACGAUUGCACGCAGAACUAAAUGGUUUGACUCGGUGAAACCACUGGAAGCAGGAGACUUGGUUAUUUUGGUAAACAAAAAUCAUCGUAAUGGUUGGGAACGUGGGCGCCUUUUGGAGGUCUACCCCGGAACUGACGGUCAAGUUCGACAGGCGCUCGUUCAAACAAGCAAUGGAAUCAUCCGCCGCCCAGCCACCAGCCUAGCCCUUCUUGAUGUACGUGCAGCACUCCCGACGGACGACCGGAAGUCCCCGAGACUACACGGGGAGGAGGAUGUUGACGAACCCACUGUGCCGAUUUCGGAUGAGUGAGUUUCGGCGACUUCAUCGUUCGACCACUAUGUAUAAGAAUAGAAUAACACAACAGAGAUACGUCAAAUGGACGAUAAAGCAUUGUAAAACGUGUUCGCUUGAGUCGCUUAGAUGGAUUAGAGGUUCUAGCCGCAUCACGAAACAGUUAUUGUUUACCCUUUAGUGCCACAGUUAAUCCGUACGAUUAAAAGGAAACUAUAAAGAAAUAGUUAAUCCUCACACGGUAAGGGCACAGAUAAUUCGCUUAUGCAUAGUCAGAUAGAAUACUAGGUUCACUUACCAACAUACUUAUGAUUCCACAGUAAAUCGGAUGUGAUAGCAUAACCGCGGAGAAAUAUUGGAAUUGUGUGGAAAUAUCGCUAGCAUACACUUAAAUUGUAAGUC